AUGCCCUUCUACGCUGUACGACAGGGCAAAAAACCCGGAAUCUACAAUACUUGGCCUGAAUGUCAGAAACAAGUGAAUGGAUUCAGUGGAGCACAAUAUAAGAAGUUUGAUACAUAUGGUGAAGCUCAAGAUUUUGUCGACCGAAAAAGUGGAGUACAGAGAACAACUGAAAUGAAAAGUCCAACGAAGAAGUCAAAAAUAGCGAACAACGUUCCGGCAGAUUUAUUGAAAGAUUCGAUCAGAAAAUUCUCGGCUGAAAAAGCCGUUUCAUCCUUUGAAAAACUAACUGUGAUCGAUACAAAUCUUGAUGAAAAAGAAUAUCGAGUGGUCUAUUCCGAUGGAUGUUGUUUUGGUAACGGGCAAAUCACAUCUCGAGCUGGAUAUGGAAUUUAUUGGGAUGAUGACCAUCCAUGUGAACGAUUGCAAGGAGAUCAGACAAAUCAACGAGCUGAACUCACCGCUGCAAUAAGUGCAAUGGAAAUUGCGAUAGAAAAUGAAAUAACUCAUCUAGAAAUCCGUACUGAUAGUAAAUAUACGAUACAAUCUGCGACACAAUGGAUACCAGGAUGGAAACGAUCGAAUUGGAUCAAGAAGACCGAUUCGAAACCAGUAAUGAAUCGGGAUUUAAUGAUGAAAAUCGAUGAACUCCAAGCAAAACUUCAAAUCAAAUGGACAUAUGUACCAGGUCAUUCAUCAAAUAAAGGUAAUGAUGAAGCAGAUCGCUUAGCAAAGGCCGGUGCUCAAAAGUACUAA